UGUGAUCGAAAUAUUGCAUUUGAAUUUUGAAGUAGCUUAUGUGUAUGUGUGUCUACCGUGUAAUAGUAAAAGAAAAGGAAAGAAGAAAAACAUAAGAGAAGGGAAAAAAAGAAUAAAGUAAUUAUAGUAGUAAUAGACUAAUAGCACUUACCAGUAAAGCCAACGCGUUCUCUUGGACUUCAUCCUCUUAAACCUCCUCCUUUGCUUCCUUCCCUCCAUUUUCAUCUCCAUUUCUUCCAUUUCCAAAGCCAAGAAAGAAAGGGAGGAGUAAGUCUCCCCCAUGUCGUCUUCUCCUCGCUCCCAAUGCCAAUGUCUCGCCAUGGCGCCCUUGCUCUGACCACCUCCUUCCUCCUCGCGGCCGUCGCCGUCUUCCUUCCCGGGCACGCGGCGGCGCGGCAGUUCUCCACCGUCGCCAUCUCCAACUCCCCCGACGCGACGGUCGUGUGCGCGCUCGUCCGCCCCAAGGACGUGCCCGAUGAUGUCCCCGGCGCCAAGCUGCGGUGCACCUCCAUGCCCACCGGCGAGGUCAUGUCCUACCCCUCCGCGGACGUCCCCUACAACGCCAUCGCCGCCGGCACCGACUUCCUGUGCGGCCUCAUGGCGCCCAACGGCGGCCACGCCGCCAUGCGCUGGUGGUCCUUCUCCGACGAGGCCGCCGCCAACCGCUCCCGCCCCGUCGGCCGCCGCCUCUACUGGGGCCCUUCCCUCCGCGCCCUCUCCGCCGGUGGCCCUCACGUCUGCGGCCUCUCCGACGCCCACGACCCGACGUGCUGGGAGUGGCCGGGGUUGAGCUUGCCCAAGGGCCUCGACUUCUCCCGCAUCGCCCUCGGCCGCGACUUCCUCUGCGGCGUCGUCAAGGGCAACGCCUCCGCCAUGACCUGCUUCGGCGGCGGCAUGGCGCCGCCCGCGUUCGCCGGGGCUGCUUCCAUCGUGGCGGUCGCCGCCGGCCACCGCCACGCCUGCGCCGUCGACGACGACGGCGGCAUGUCGUGCUGGGGCGAAGGGUACCCGGACAUGCGCCCCGGCGACCUCCCCGCCGACAUGAAGUCCAUGGCGCUGGGGCGGAACACGACGUGCAUCCUCGACGGCGACGACAUGGUGCGGUGCUGGGGCGUGGAGGUGCCCGAGGAGUACAGGCGCGCGUCGUUCGUGUCCAUCGAGGCCGACGGCGACACCGUCUGCGGCGUCCUCACCACCAACUUCUCCGUCGUGUGCUGGGGCAACGAGAGGUUCCAUGGGAGGCACCUCAUCUUCAACGACACCAUGCCCGGCGCGUGCGCCACCGUCGGCAACUGCUCCUCCAGCUGCGGCUUCGUCCCCGGCUCCGCCGCGCUCUGCGGCAACGGCGGCGGCGAGGGCGGCGAGCAGCUCGUCGUGUGCCAGCCCUGCAAGCUGCCGCUCAACGCGUCCAGGCUCGUCGUCGGGAAUGGGACCAGCAAGAAUGCGGCGGCGCCGACUGAUUCCGGGAAGAACAGGAAGGCCGUCAAGGUCGCGGUCACCGCGGCCUGCGUCGGCGUCGCGGCGCUCGUGGUGGCUGGGCUGGUGUUGUACCUCGCCGUCGUGAGGAAGCGUGGCGGGAAGAAGAACGCCACCGUGCAGCUCGGCGAGUCGUCGACGCUGACCCUCUGCCGCGACUUGGAGGGGGCCGUGAUCAUGCCGGCGCCGGAGGCAUCGCCGCCGCCGCCGCCGCUCGGGUGCGAAGAGUUCACGGUGAAGGAGCUCUCGCGGCUGACGAACGGGUUCGCCGAGGAGAGGAAGAUCGGGAGCGGCAGCUUCGGGUCGGUGUAUCGCGCGAAGCUCCCCGACGGGCGCGAGGUCGCCAUCAAGCGCGCGGAGCGUCCGCGCGCGGCGUCGGGCGGCGGGCGUCGCCGGCGCCGCCGGUACGACGCGGAGCGCGCGUUCCGGGCGGAGCUCCGGCUGCUGUCCCGCGUGAACCACCGCAACCUGGUGCAGCUGCUGGGCUUCUGCGAGGAGCGCGGCGAGCGCAUCCUGGUGUUCGAGUUCAUGCCGCACGGCGCGCUGCACGACCACCUCCACGGCCGCGUCGACGGCCACUCCCCGCUGUUCGCGUCGUGGGAGGCGCGGCUCCGGGUGGCGCUCGACGCGGCGCGCGGCGUCGAGUACCUGCAUUGCUACGCCGUGCCGCCGAUCAUCCACCGCGACAUCAAGCCGUCCAACAUCCUCCUCGACGGCGAGUGGACCGCCAAGGUGUCGGACUUCGGGCUGUCGCUGGCAUCAUCAUCGUCGUCGUCGGCGACCGCGACACCACCGGCGGCGUGCUCGACGUCGUCGACGGCGGGGACGGUGGGGUACAUCGACCCGGAGUACUACCGGCUGCAGGAGCUGACGCAGCGGAGCGACGUGUACAGCUUCGGCGUGGUGCUCCUCGAGCUGGUGACCGGGAGGAAGGCGAUCCACCGGCAGGAGGGCGGGAGCGGGUCGCCGCGGAACGUGAUCGAGUUCGCCGUGCCGGCGGUGGAGGCGGGCGGCGUCGGGAGGAUCAUGGACGGGCGCGUGCCGGCGCCGCGCGGGAACGAGGCGGAGGCGGUGUCGCGCGUGGCGAGGAUCGCGAGCGAGUGCGUGCGGCCGCGGGGGCGCGCGCGGCCGGUGAUGUCGGAGGUGGUCGCCGAGCUGGAGUGGGCGGUCACGCUCUGCGAGGAGUCCGUAGACCGGAGCUCCGCCGCCGCCCAGCAGCAGAACAGCUCGCGGCACGGCGGCUCCGACGUGUCGCGGUCGGAGUCCGACGACCCCAGCCCCUUCCACACGAGGGAGUUCGCCGGCGUCGGACAUGGCAGGUCAAACUCAGCAAUGUAAAAAAAAAAAACAAACGAGUUUUAUUUUUUUAUCCUUUUUUUAUUUAUUUUCUUUGUUUUGUUUUAAUUAGUUUCCACGGUUGCUGGAAUAGGAUGAAUUAGUUGCUGUGCAUAAACAUUUUUCAAAGAGGAAAAAAAAGAUACUGAGAGGGAGUAUUCAUUUUGAUGUUGAUUGUUACUUGAAUUAGUCUAGGAGAGUUUUUGAUUGCUUUUGCUCUGUGAACAAAAUUCAUAAGAGUUUGACAAAAUCUAACAUGUACGUUGUAUAUCAAGAUUUAUUGACACAACAUAAUAAUAUAAUAAUAAUACUAGUUGGAGUAGUGGGUGGUUUGUAAGUACAAUCUUGUUUUUUCUUCUGUUUUGAUUUGUUAGCUUAGAAAUUUUCGGAGGGUUGGUAGGUUAGAUUAGACAAAAUUAUUAAUUUGUGGCCUUGUGAGAGUGUGGAGAUGCAACAACUGUACUUCUUCCAACAAACUGCUUUUAUUAUAUAAUGUAAUACUUGGAGUGCAAUCAUGGGUCACCACAAUGAUUUGAUUGUUUUCUUUUGUCUUGCAUUACAGUUUAUAUAUAUUUAUGAUUUAUCUAGCUCCCAUGUUGUUCUUUCUCAAUUUCUGCAAGAAGCCUAUGAUUCUUAAGUGCUUUCUUCAUUGAAAAAGUUCUUGAUUAAUUAAUGUCCCGAUGAAGAUGGACAACCUACAAAUGGUAACAUCUUUCAAUAUUCUUUUAGUUUCAUUAAUAUUUAGUAAGAACCUUCUUUAAUCACCCAAAAUAGCAAUACAUGUCUCAUCUAAAUUUAUUUUCUCUACUUUAAAUGCGGAACACAGUAGAUACCUAUAUAACUUAUCAGUUUAAGGACAAUUAUCUUUUUUUUCUCCAAAACCAGAUGAGAUCAAUUUAUUAUUGGCAAGCAGUUGUACUGUCAAUAUA